UAUCGUGAUUUGCGUAGUACAUUUUGGUAGCGGAACAUGAAGAAGGAGAUAGCUAGAUUUGUCUCACAAUGCCUGACUUGCCAGAAAGUCAAGGCUGAACACCAAAGACUUCCUAGGAAACUGCAGCCUUUACCUAUUCCCCAAUGGAAGUGGGAGAACAUCACCAUGGACUUUGUGAUUGGCUUACCACGAACCGUAAAGGGUAAUGAUUCCAUCUGGGUCAUCGUUGAUCGAUUGACCAAAUCAGCUCACUUCUUACCCUACCGGACUGGCACUUCCAUUGAGAAGAUUGCCAAUAUGUACAUGGAUGAGAUAGUCAAACUGCAUGGAGUCCUUAUCACGGCCUUUCAUCCUCAAACUGAUGGGCAAUCUGAGAGAACUAUUCAAAUACUUGAGGACAUGUUGAGGGCUUGUGUUCUAGAUUGGAAGGGUUCGUGGGAUCAACACUUAUCCAUGGCUAAAUCACCUGUUUGUUGGACGAAAGUGGGCGAAAAGAGCAUUUUAGGCCCAGAAUUGGUGCAACAAUCUUCUAAGAUUGUGCAGUUGAUCAAGGAACGCCUUCGUGCUGCACAAAGCAGGCAGAAAAGCUAUGCGGAUAAAAAGAGACGAGACCUUGAGUUUGAAGUUGGUGACCAUGUAUUUUUGAAGGUGUCACCCACUCGAGGUGUCCCCAGGUUUGGCAUCCGAGGAAAAUUGAGUUCGAGUUAUAUUGGACCAUAUCCUAUCUUGGAAAGGAUUGGCGAGGUAGCUUAUAGAUUGGAGUUGCUUGGAAAUUUAGCGAGUGUUCAUGAUGUGUUUCAUAUGUCCUUACUUCGGAAGUAUGUUCCUGACCCGAGUCACAUCAUUAAUCCCGAAUCAAUUCAACUCCGGGAGGAUCUCACUUAUGACGAGCACUCGAUCCGCAUUUUAGAUUUCAAGGAGAGAAUAAUGCGGAGAAGGACCAUUCGUUUUGUUAAGGUCCUCUGGGAUAACCAUUCGGUUGAAGAAGUUACUUGGGAGUUGGAAUCCAAGAUGAGGCAAGAACAUCUGCACCUCUUCCAAGAUUGAGGUAUGAGUUUAGGGGACUAAACUCCUUUUUAGGAGGGGUGGAUGUAAUACCCCAAAAAUUUCAAGAACAUUAAAGUUGAGUUAGGGACUUAAUGGUGAGGAAACGUUAUUAAUGGACCUAAUAGUCAAAUUUUCAAAUUUCAAAGGGUUUAAAAGAUUUUUGGAUAAGGCCAGCUGACUUUUCUU